AUGCCUCAAAUACUCAUGUUCUUGGUCACCCUUUGCUUCCUCUCUUUAUCGUCAUCUCCUUCUCUCGCCGCCGAUUUUCCAGCCAUUGGAAAUGUAUGUCGAUUCGCGCCCGAUCCAUCUUACUGUAGAUCGGUUCUCCCAAACCAGCCUGGAGAUAUUUACUCUUACGGCCGUUUCUCUCUCCGACGGUCCCUCUCACGUGCCAACCGGUUCAUGUCGAUGAUCGAAGAUCAACUAAACCGGAAAGGCAAAGUGGCUGCUAAAUCCACCGUGCAGGCUCUCGAAGACUGCAAAUUUCUUGCCAGUCUGACUACGGACUUCAUCCUUAGUAGCUCGCGGACCGUCGAUGCCACCAACACACUGUCCUUGUCAAGGGCCGAUGAUGUUCAUACUUUUCUGAGUGCUGCGAUCACCAACGAACAGACUUGUCUUGAAGGACUAAAAUCCUCCGCGUCGGAAAGUGAUCUCUCCGGUGAUCUUUUCAACGAUACAAAACUCUAUGGAGUCUCUCUUGCCCUUUUUUCCAAAGGUUGGGUGCCAAUAAGGAAAAGAUCGAGACCGGCUUGGCAACCACAAGCAAGAUUCAAAAAGUUUUUCGGUUUCCGUAACGGUAGACUACCGAUAAAUAUGACGGAGAAGGCACGUGCCAUUUACAACACCGUGAGUGGGAGAAGGCUUCUCCAAGCUCAAGCAGACGCCGUUCAGGUGAGCGAUAUCGUGACCGUGAUCCAGAACGGGACGGGAAACUUCACAACCAUAAACGAAGCCGUUGCAGCCGCGCCAAAUAAAACUGACGGUAGUAAGGGUUACUUCUUGAUCUACGUAACAGCGGGAUUGUACGAGGAAUACGUGGAUAUUCCAAAGUACAAGAGAUAUGUCAUGAUGGUCGGUGACGGCAUUAACCAAACGGUUAUCACCGGAAAUCGGAGCGUCGGUGAUGGAUGGACCACUUUCAAUUCCGCCACAUUUAUUCUCUCAGGUCCUAACUUUAUCGGGGUGGAAAUGACAAUCCGGAACACGGCAGGACCAACCAAGGGCCAAGCCGUCGCAUUGAGAAGCGGUGGAGACUUCUCUGUUUUCUAUAGUUGCAGUUUUGAAGCCUACCAAGAUACUUUAUACACGCAUUCUCUCCGACAGUUUUACCGUGAAUGCGAUGUUUACGGUACGGUUGAUUUCAUAUUCGGUAAUGCUGCGGUGGUGUUACAGAACUGUAAUCUGUAUCCACGCCAACCACGCAAAGGUCAAGCGAACGAAGUCACGGCUCAAGGACGUACCGAUCCGAACCAGAACACUGGAACAACGAUCCAUGGUUGUACAAUAAGACCGGCAGAUGAUUUGGCUACGAGCAAUUAUACAGUCAAAACAUAUCUUGGCCGGCCGUGGAAGGAAUAUUCUAGGACCGUUGUCAUGCAAACUUACAUUGAUCGUUUUCUUGACCCGACUGGUUGGAACGCAUGGUCCGGCGAUUUCGCAUUAAGCACACUUUACUAUGCGGAAUACAAUAACACCGGACCUGGUUCCAACACGACAAGCCGAGUCACUUGGCCCGGUUAUCACGUCAUUAACGCUUCUGAUGCUUCCAACUUCACGGUCACAAAUUUCCUUGUUGGUGAAGGUUGGAUCGGACAAACCGGAGUGCCUUUCGUCGGUGGACUCAUCGCAUAG